GUAACAGCUGUCCCUCCUAUCAUAAUCCCCAGUUCGGUGUCCAGUAACCGAACUGCACGCAAUAUGGGGACACAUAGGAGGCUAUUAAUAUGUCUUGGAAGCCUCCUGGUAUUUCUUACCUGUAUCCAGGCACAAGAACAGCAGCAGCAGCAACUGACAACGGAUGAUGAAUGGGAUGAUGUUGACCAACAUUAUGAAGAAUUGGAUUUCGAUAACAUUGACACAGAGGCACAGCAGGAUACUGAAGAGGCUGAAGAAGAUGUAGAGCAACAAUCAGAUGACGAAUCUGGAAGAGUGAACAUAUUUACUUCACCCGCUCCUGUCUAUCGGAGUCAGAACCCUUCGCAUAAUCUAAGGGUUUGCACCACUUUUGGGAACUAUCAUUUCAAGACCUUUGAUGGAGACAUCUAUCAUUUCCCUGGACAAUGUAACUAUCACUUUGUACGUCACUGCAAGACAAAUUAUGAGGAAUUCAACAUCCAAGUUAGACGUGUCCUUAGGAAGGCAGUUCCUGUCAUCUCCACCAUCAGCAUGAAGGUUGAAGGCGUUGACAUUCUUUUAGCUGAAAAAAAUGUCACUGUAAAUGAUGAAUUCAUGCAGAAAUUGCCAUUCAGUAUUGGUGGAUUGCAAAUUUCAAAGAGUGGCAGCUAUAUCCGAGUAUAUUCUAAAAUUGGUCUUGAUCUGAUGUGGAAUGAAGAAGACUCCAUCACGUUGGAAUUGAGUCAAAAAUAUGCCAACCAGACUUGUGGUCUCUGCGGUGACUAUAAUGGGAUUCCAAUUUACAACGAGUUUAUAGUUAAUAAUGCCCAAUUAAGUAAUCUUCAGUUUGGAAAUCUUCACAAAUUCAAUGCGCCAGAAGAAAGAUGUGAGGACACUAAAGAGGAAGCAGACAUCAAAUGUAAUUCAUCGAUCCAUCACAAACAAUUUUGUGCAAAUGUUCUGAAUGGAAAAGGUUUACAGGACUGCCAUGAUAUUGUGGAUGUUCAAAAAUACAUUGAACUUUGUGAGCAAGAUUUUUGCAAAUGCAAAGGAAAUUUAACUGGUUUCUGUGUUUGCAACGUCUUUACUGAGUAUUCCAGACAGUGCACUCAUGCUGGAGGAAGGCCAAAGAAGUGGAGAACUGCCACCAUUUGCCCUUUGAAGUGUGCCUACAACUUACAGUUUAAGGAGUGUGGCACUGCCUGCCCAGAUACUUGUACCAACCCUGAACGGUCACGAGUCUGUGAUGAUCACUGUACAGAUGGAUGCUUCUGCCCUGCAGGGACGGUGUUUGAUGAUAUCACUAGAACUGGAUGUAUUGCAAAGGAGAAAUGUGCUUGCACAUACAAUGGAGACGUUUAUCCAUCAGGGACAGGAUAUUCUGAGAAAUGUCAAGCUUGCACCUGUCAAGGAGGGAAAUGGGUCUGCGUUAAAAAGCCAUGUUUUGGCACUUGUUCACUAGAGGGAGGUUCACACAUCACAACCUUCGACCUUACCCGUUAUAACUUCCAUGGAGACUGUAUCUACACAUUUGCCAAGUCAUGUGACUCUGCCUUGUUCAAUGUGUUGGUUGAAAUCCAUAAAUGUGGACAUACAGACACAGAAACAUGCCUCAAGAGUAUGUCCCUCAGUCUGAAUGGAGGAAGAGAGUUUAUCCAUGUGAAGAAAUGUGGCAGUGUAUAUGUCAAUUCCAUCUACACCCAGCUGCCAAUGUCAACAGGUGCCAUCACCAUCUAUAAACCUACAUCCUUCUACAUCAUUAUGCAUACUAGUUUUGGUCUACAGAUUAAAAUCCAGCUGGUGCCCACCAUGCAAGUUUAUGUUAUAGUUGACCCAAAAUUCAUGAAUCAAACUUGCGGUCUUUGUGGAAACUUCAACAGCAUUCAGGCUGAUGACUUCAGAUCUCUUUCUGGAGUGAUAGAAGGCACUGGCUCAUCUUUCGGCAACUUGUGGAAGAAUCAACUUGACUGUCCUAAUGUCAAAAAUAACUUUGAAGACCCUUGUGCCCUCAUUGGUCAAAAUGAAAAAUAUGCAUCUCAUUGGUGUGACAUGAUGUUGGCUCCUGAUGGACCAUUUGCCAGCUGUCACAAAACUGUAAACCCUGAUGACUUCCAUAAGAACUGUAUGUUUGAUUCUUGCAAUUCCGAGAACAAAGAACACAGCAUGUGUGCUGCACUGUCAUCUUAUGUUUACGCCUGCUCUAGAGAAGGAGUUGACUUACGUGGAUGGAGAACAGAUGUUUGUCACUCAUAUACUACUACCUGCAGUCCCGGUUUUGUAUACCGUUACAAAGUCAGUACUUGCCCACUCACCUGCCGUUCCCUGAGUGAGUCUGAUAAAAUCUGUGAGAUUGACUACGUACCCAUUGAUGGUUGCACUUGUGCAGAUGGAACCUAUCUAGAUGAAAGUGGAAACUGCGUUCUCCCAGCUGUCUGCUCUUGUUUAUACAAGGGAACCGCAGUCUCACCUGGAGAAGUGAUUCAUGACAGUGGAACAGUUUGCACCUGCACAGAUGGGAAAAUGGAAUGUAUCGGCAUAAAUCCAGUGAAAGAAAAAGUAUGCAAAGAGCCAAUGGUCUACUUUGAUUGUGACAGUGAGACUGCAGAGGCCAAACAAACUGUGUGUCAAAAAAGCUGUGCGACCAUUGACAACGAAUGUUACAGCUCACAAUGUGUUUCUGGCUGUGUGUGCCCCGAGGGACUGGUGUAUGAUGAUGGAAAGGAGGAAUGUAUUCCUGAAGAUCAAUGUCCUUGCACACUCAACGAUGACAUCUUCUCAGCUGGAGAAACAGUUAAAGUCAAAUGCAAUACCUGUACCUGUAAAAAUAGAAAGUGGGACUGUACCCAAAACACAUGUCUGGGCACCUGUGCUGCAUAUGGAGAUGGCCACUACCUCACCUUUGACAACAGAAGAUACCGCUUCAAUGGAAAUUGUUGGUAUACCUUGGCUCAGGAUUAUUGUUCUGACAACGCUUCUGUCGGUACAUUCCGAGUUGUCACAGAAAAUGUUCCCUGUGGUUCUAAUGGUGUUACUUGUUCCAAAUCUAUUAGACUCUACCUUGGGAACUACGAGUUGAUCCUUAAAGAUCAGAAAUUUGAAGUGAUCAAGAAGGAUUAUGGACAAUAUGUUUUCUUCAAAGUUCGGCAGAUGGGUAUCUAUUUAGUAGUUGAAGCAGCAAAUGGUUUGGUUUUAGUGUGGGAUAAGAAAAGCACUAUUCUUAUAAAGCUGGAUCCAAAAUUUGAGGGCAAAAUCUGUGGUCUUUGUGGCAACUACGAUGGAAAUGCUGGCAAUGAUUUUAUCACCAGAAGUCAGUCUGUGGUUGGAGAUGUUUUUGAGUUUGGCAACAGUUGGAAACUUUCUCAGAGAUGUCCAAAUGCUGUGGACAUACAGGAUACUUGUGAUUCAAAUCCUUAUAGAAAAGCAUGGUCCCAAAAACAGUGUAGCAUUAUCACUAGUGGUACAUUUGCCUCCUGUCAUGCUCUGGUGAAUCCAGUUAAAUACUAUGACGCCUGUGUAAAUGAUGCUUGUGCUUGUGACACUGGUGGAGACUGCGACUGCUUUUGUACUGCUGUAGGUGCUUACGCUCAAGCUUGCAGUGAGGCUGGACAAUGUAUAAGCUGGAGAUCCCCAAAUAUCUGCCCCGUAUUUUGCGAUUUCUACAAUCGUCAAGGACAUUGUGAGUGGCACUACAAAGCAUGUGGAGCCCCUUGUAUGAAGACCUGUAUGAAUCCUUCUGGUGUAUGCUUGAACAACUUGAUUGGAUUAGAAGGUUGCUACCCUAAAUGUCCAGUAGACAGACCAUACUUCGAUGAGGAAUCUAUGCAGUGUGUUGCAUCCUGUCAUUGUUAUGAUGAUUACGGAGUUGAAUAUAAACCAGGAGAAAAGAUGCCAAGUGAAAGCAGAUGUUCUAUUUGCAAAUGUACGAAAAAUGGCAAAGAGUGCACCCCAGCAAAAGCAUGCUGCAAAUAUCAAGGAAAAGAAUUUCUAGCGGGGGACUUAGUCUACCACACAGCGGAUGGAACAGGAGGUUGCAUAUAUGCCACCUGUUCACAUAAUUCAACAGUGGAAAGAACAGUUGACCAUUGCCCAACAACUACGAGUCCACCCACGACAUUUGAUUUCACAACUCCAACAAUCUCAUCUGAAUGGACACCACAAUAUACACCUUCAGCUGGUUCUGAAAUUCCCUCAACAUCAACCAAACCCACUUCCAGUGGUAGCUCAAGUACGGAAAGCUCAAGUAGUUCUACUACUGGUUCAGUUACUCCAGGUUCUUCCAUUGGUGAAACAAGUACUCCAUCAGUUUCACCAACAAAAUGUGUUGAAGCUUAUGACUGUACUUGGUCAGAGUGGUAUGACGUGAGCAGACCAGAAAAUGGUGAUGGUGAUAUGGAACGCUUUGAGGAUAUUGAAAGACAAGGUCACAAAGUGUGCAAAAACCCCAAAGAUGUGCAAUGCAGAGCAAAGGAAUUUCCUUAUCAAUCUCUCAAAGAAGUAGAACAAGAUGUUACCUGCGACAGAAAUAUUGGCUUCAUAUGUCUUAAUAGCAAGAAUCCACCUAUGUGUCACAAUUAUGAAAUAAGAAUUGAAUGUUGUAAAUACAGAGAUUGCACAACAAUUUCUUCAACCACAAGUGGUGUAGAAUCAAUUCCAUCACCAAAAACAAGUUCUCCACCUGAAAUUAUAACACAGUCUCCUACAUCUAAAGAAACCCCACCGUCUUUGCCUAGUGAGUUAACUUCAGAACCAGCAACUUCAAACUCCCCAUCAUCACCUCCUUCUGUAAGCACAUCCCCCAACACAUCUUCCCCACCUGGAAUUGAGACAGAAAGCACCCAGAAAACACCAGCAUCAUCUGAAGCAAUACCUAAAACUACUAAAGCCUCCCCAACAACAACCUGUGUGUUAAAUAUGGAAUGUCGUUGGACACAAUGGUAUGAUACCAAUAGACCUAAUACAAGAAGUGAUGGAGGAGAAAGUGAAACUGUUAAAGACAUUACAUCUAAAGGAUAUGAAGUUUGUGCAGAUCGAGAAGUUGAGAACAAAAUUGAAUGUGAAGCUGUAGAUGAUGAAGGCAUAACUAUUCCUGAUAACAAUCAAAAGGUUACUUGUGACUUAAAUGAUGGAUUGGAAUGCAAGAAUAGAGACCAAAUUAAGAAGGAAAAAUGUUACAAUUAUAGAAUAAGGAUUGAAUGCUGUGAAGAGCGUUGUGAACCUAUACCAACACCAGACAUACAUACAACUGAAACCACUAAGCAAACAACCACAGAGGGUGCAUUUACAACCAAAGGAACAACAACAAGUUCACCAUCAGAAUCCUCACAACCACAAUCUUCAAAGUCUCCAUCAUCAACUCCCUCUAGUAGCACAUCAUCUACUGAAAAACCUGUACCUGAUACAUCCAUCCCCUCAACAUCAUCUGAGGUUACCCCGUCACAAACAACAGUAUGUGUGAAUAAGAUGAAAUGUCGAUGGACCCCUUGGUAUGAUUAUAAUACACCAAAUACAAGGAGUGAUGGAGGAGAAACUGAAAGUGUUGAUGACAUAAAAUCAAAGGGCAUUGAAGUUUGUACAAACCGGGAAAUUGAAGACAAAAUAGAUUGUGAAGCAAUUGAUAAUAAAGGAGAGAGUAUUGCUGAUAACAAUCAAAUGGUUAGUUGUAAUGUGAAAGAUGGAUUUAGCUGCAAAAACAGAGACCAACCCAACAAGGAGAAAUGUUUCAAUUAUAGGAUAAGAAUUUUAUGUUGUGAAGAGUAUUGUGAACCUCUACCCACAUCCAAAAUAACAACUACUGAAACCUCUGAGCCAAAAACCACUGCUGGUGAAACCACAAUAAGCACAUCAACAUCAGAAACAUGGCCAACAAAGCUUCCUUCUACAGGUGUACCAAUAACUGAAAAGCCUGGCCCUGAAACAUCUUCUCCAUCUGAAAACACAUCCCCACCAUCAACAUUAUCAUCAUCAUCUGAAGUUACAACUGCUGUUUCACCCACAUCAUGUGUACAUAAAAUGGAAUGCCGUUGGACUCCCUGGUAUGAUAUUAACAGGCCAACCUUGCAAAAUGAUGGUGGAGACAGUGAAAGUCCAGAAGAUAUAAAAUCAAAAGGCUAUGAGAUAUGCAAACAUAUGCACGAAGUUGAAAACAAAAUAGAAUGUGAAGCUAUUGAUCAUGAAGGAGUAACAAUAGCAAAUAAUCAACAAAUUCUUACUUGUGUGCUCGGGAAUGGAUUGACUUGCAGGAAUAUAGAUCAGAAGAAAAAAAAUGAAAAGUGUCAUAAUUACAGAAUAAGGGUUGAAUGUUGUGCAUCAUACUGUGAACCAGUAUUGACCAAAUCCACUCCUCUUGCCACUCAAUCAUCUGUACCCUCAUCAGCCAUUACAGUACCUACCACAACAUCCUCAGUUACAGAACCUAGCUCAACUUCUGAAGACUGUGAGAAAUUUAGAGCAUCAGAAUGUCAAUGGACUGAAUGGUUUAAUGAAAAUAAACCAUCUGAAGAUAUAGAUGGUGAAGACAAUGAGAACUCAGAUAAUUUGAGGGCUAAAGGAAUAGAGGUUUGUAAGCGGGGUGAAAUUGAAAACCAAAUUCAGUGUAAAGAUGAACAAUAUUCAGAAUUAACUAAUGAAAAUACUGUACAAAAAUCCACCUGUAAUGUAAAAGAAGGAUUGAUUUGUAAGAAUAAAGACCAACCAGGAAAAAUAUGUCAUGACUACAGUAUAAGAAUUGAGUGCUGUUCUGAAACGUUUGUAAAAUUCUGUGGUGAAUCAACCACACCUUCAUCUACUGAAAAAACAAGUAUCCCAACAACAACAUCUAUUACAAAACCUUCUUCACCAGGAUCUGAGACAUCACCACCAUCUACCUUAACUACUGGCGCUAAAACCACUGGUGUACCAUCUGAACCUACUCAAGGCACUAAGACUCCAAGUACUUCUUUUCCAUCAAGUCCAUCCACAACUGAAAGUACAUCACAACCAACAACAGUGUGUAUAAAGAAGAAGGAAUGCCGUUGGACUCCAUGGUAUGAUACUAAUGCUCCAAGUACAAGAAGUAAUGGUGGAGACAUUGAAUCAUAUGAAGAUAUAACAUCUAAAGGAUUUGCGAUAUGUAUAGAUAGAGAAGUUGAAAACAAAAUAGAGUGUGAAGCCAUUGAUAAAAAUGGUGAAAUAAUAUUAGAUAAUAAACAAAAAAAGACCUGUGAUUUGAAAACUGGAUUAACUUGCUUUAACAGAGAUCAGAAAAAUAAGGAAAAAUGUUAUAAUUAUAGAAUAAGGUUUGAAUGUUGUGCAGAACACUGUGAGAAACUGGAAACACCCACUACAGCUGGGGCAUCUACAACUGCAUCAACAACCACUUUAAAUGUACCUACAUCAACUGGAAUAUCUCAGACAUCAACUUCUACACCAAGCUCAUCUACAACCUCAGUAACUGAGCCUGGAUCUCCAACUCCUGAAGAUUGUGACAAUUUUAGAAAAGCUGAGUGUUACUGGACAGACUGGUUUAAUAAAGAAACACCUACCUCUGAUAUUAAUGGAGGAGACACUGAAAACACAUCUAAACUAAAAACUGAAGGAAUAGAAGUGUGUACAGAUGGUGAAAUUGAAAAUCAAAUUGAGUGUAGAGCUGAGAAAUAUCCUGAUUUAGCAUUUGAAAGAACUGGCGAAAAACUAACAUGUAAUGUAGAAGAAGGUUUGAUUUGUAAAAAUAAACAUCAGCCAGAAGAAAAAUGUAAUGACUACAGUAUAAGAAUUGAGUGCUGUUCCAAAAAGUUUGUUAAAUUCUGCGGAGAGUCAAUUACACCUUCUGCUAUAUCCCCAACUAACAUCCCAAUAACAACAAGUGUAUCAUCAACAGGGUCCUCAACUCCUAGCCAGCCAUCUACUGAAGAAACAUAUACAAACUCCCCAACACAAACUACAAGUAUCACAUCUUUUCCAACUACGACAUCUUCCACAACAAAGACUGAAAGUACUUCCUCCCCAUCUUCUACUACCACAAGCUGUGAGAAAUUCAGACAAAGUGAAUGUCACUGGACAGAGUGGAUAAAUACAAAAACACCUUCAGCAGAUAUAAAUGGUGAAGACAAAGAAAAUUCAAAUGAACUGAGAUCUAGGGGAAUAGAGGUUUGUAAAAAUGAGGAAGUCGAAAAUGAUAUUGAGUGCAAAGCUGAGAAAUAUUCCGAUUUAUCUAUUAAAGAAUCUGACCAAGUAAAAACAUGUAAUGUAAAAGAUGGAUUAAUUUGUAAGAACAAAGAACAAAGAGGUGAACCUAAGCAGUGUCUUGACUAUGCAGUCAGAAUUGAAUGUUGUUCUAAAAAAUUUAUUGAAUCAUGUGGAAAAUCAACCCCAUCACCUACCUCACCUUCAUCUAGUGAAGUGACAAAAGGCCCAUUAACAACAUCAGUAACAGAAAUUUCCUCACCAGGCUCAACAUCAAUAACUGGUGAGAAGUCUACCCCUGGUAUGCAAACAAGUGGGGAAACCUCUACUACUAGUAUAUCAACAAGUGGUGAAACCUCUACUUCUAUUAUAUCAACAAGUGGUGAAACCUCUACUUCUAUUAUAUCAACAAGUGGUGAAACCGCUACCCCUGGAAGACCAACCGGUGGUGAAACAUCUACCCCUGGUACUCCAACAAGCGGUGAAGCAUCUACUCCUGGUAGACCAACAGGUAGUGAAACCUCUACCCCUGGUACUCCAACAAGUGGUGAAUCAUCUACCCCUGGUAGACCAACAGGUGGUGAAACAUCUACAUCUGGUAGACCAACAAGUGGUGAAACCUCAACUCCUGGUACUCCAACAAGUGGUGAAAUAUCUACCCCUGGUAGACCAACUGGUAGUGAAACAUCUACUCCUGGUAGACCAACUGGUGGUGAAACAUCUACCCCUGGUACUCCAACAAGUGGUGAAGCAUCUACCCCUGGUAAACCAACAGGUGGUGAAACAUCUACACCUGGUAGACCAACAGGUGGUGAAACCUCUACCCCUGGUACUCCAACAAGUGGUGAAGCAUCUACCCCUGGUAAACCAACAGGUGGUGAAACCACUACACCUGGUACUCCAACAAUUGGUGAAAACUCUACCCCUGGAAGACCAACAGGUGGUGAAACAUCUACCCCUGGUAGACCAACAAGUGGUGAAGCAUCUACCCCUGGUAGACCAACAGGUAGUGAAACCUCUACCCCUGGUACUCCAACAAGUGGUGAAUCAUCUACCCCUGGUAGACCAACAGGUGGUGAAGCAUCUACACCUGGUAGACCAACAAGUGCUGAAACCUCUACUCCUGGUACUCCAGCAAGUGGUGAAAUAUCUACCCCUGGUAGACCAACUGGUGGUGAAACAUCUACCCCUGGUACUCCAACAAGUGGUGAAGCAUCUACCCCUGGUAAACCAACAGGUGGUGAAACAUCUACACCUGGUAGACCAACAGGUGGUGAAACCUCUACCCCUGGUACUCCAACAAGUGGUGAAGCAUCUACCCCUGGUAGACCAACAAGUGGUGAAACUUCUACCCCUGGUAGACCAACAGGUGGUGAAACCUCUACCCCUGGUAGACCAACAAGUGGUGAAGCAUCUACCCCCGGUAGACCAACAGGUAGUGAAACCUCUACCCCUGGUACUCCAACAAGUGGUGAAUCAUCUACCCCUGGUCGACCAACAGGUGGUGAAACAUCUACACCUGGUAGAUCAACAAGUGGUGAAACCUCUACUCCUGGUACUCCAACAAGUGGUGAAAUAUCUACCCCUGGUAGACCAACUGGUGGUGAAACAUCUCCCCCUGGUACUCCAACAAGUGGUGAAGCAUCUACCCCUGGUAAACCAACAGGUGGUGAAACCUCUACACCCGGUAAACCAACAGGUGGUGAAACCUCUACCCCUGGUGCUCCAACAAGUGGUGAAACAUCUACACCUGGUAGAUCAACAAGUGGUGAAACCUCUACUCCUGGUACUCCAACAAGUGGUGAAACAUCUACCCCUGGUAGACCAACUGGUGGUGAAACAUCUACCCCUGGUACUCCAACAAGUGGUGAAGCAUCUACCCCUGGUAAACCAACAUCUGGUGAAACCUCUACACCUGGUAGACCAACAGGUGGUGAAACCUCUACCCCUGGUACUCCAACAAGUGGUGAAGCAACUACCCCUGGUAAACCAACAGGCGGUGAAACAUCGACACCUGGCACUCAAACAAGUGGUGAAACCUCUACCCCUGGAAUACCAACAGACGGUGAAACCUCUACCCCUGGUAGACCAACAAGUGGUGAAAGCUCUACCCCUGGUAGACCAACAGGUGGUGAAAUUUCUACAUCUGAUACUCCAACAAGUGGUGAAAACUCUACCCCUGGAAGACCAACAGGUGGUGAAACAUCAACUCCUGGUAGACCAACAGGUGGUGAAACCUCUACACCUGGUACUCCAACAAGUGGUGAAAACUCUACCCCUGGAAGACCAACAGGUGGUGAAACCUCUACCCCUGGUAGACCAACAGGUAGUGAAACCUCUACACCUGGUACUCCAACAAGUGGUGAAGCAUCUACCCCUGGUAGACCAACAGGUGGUGAAACAUCCACACCUGGUAGACCAACAGGUGGUCAAACCUCUACCCCUGGUACUCCAACAAGUGGUGAAGCAUCUACCCCUGGUAGACCAACAAGUGGUGAAGCAUCUACCCCUGGUAGAUCAACAAGUGGUGAAACAUCUACCCCUGGUACUCCAACAAGUGGUGAAGCAGCUACCCCUGGUAGACCAACUGGUGGUGAAACAUCUACUCCUGGCAGACCAACAGGUGGCCAAACCUCUACACUCGGCACUCCAACAAGUGGUGAAACAUCUACCACUGGUAUACCAACAGGUGGUGAAACUUCAACUCCUGGUAGACCAACAAGUGGUGAAACAUCUACUCCUGGGAGGCCAACAAGUGGUGAAACCUCUACACCAUCAACCCCUGGUAGACCAACAGGUGGUGAAACCUCUACCCCUGGUAGACCAACAGGUGGUGAAACAUCUACACCAUCAACCCCUGGUAGACCAACAAGUGGUGAAACCUCUACCCCUGGCACACCAACAGGCGGUGAAACCUCUACACCCGGUUCUCCAACAAGUGGUGAAACCUCUACCUCUGGUAGACCAACAGGUAGCGAAACAUCUACACCAUCAACCCCUGGUAGACCAACAGGUGGUGAAACCUCUACCCCUGGUAGACCAACAGGAGGUGAAACAUCUACCCCUGGCAGACCAACAGGCAGUGAAACCUCUACACAUGGUACUCCAACAAGUAGUGAAUCCUCUACCCCUGGUAGACCAACAGGUGGGGAAACCUCUACACCUGGUACUCCAACAAGUGGUGAAACCUCUACCCCUGGUAGACAAACAAGUAGUGAAACCUCUACACCUGGUAGUCCAACUAGUAGUGAAUCCUCUACCCCUAGUAGACCAACAGGUGGUGAAACCUCUACCCUUGGUACUCCAACAAGUGGUGAAUCCUCUACCCCUGGUAGACCAACAGGUGGUGAAACAUCCACACCAUCUACCCCAGGCAGUUCACAACCUAGCAACACAUCUCCGCCAUCUUCUAGCUGUAAAAUAUUGAGAGAAAGUGAAUGUCGCUGGACAAUAUGGCAUAACACAAAUAAACCUUCCCUAGAAAUGAAUGGUGAAGAAAAGGAAAAUUCAGAUCAACUGAGAUCUAAGGGGAUAGAAGUAUGUAAAAAGGAUGAAGUUGAAAAUGAUAUUGAGUGCAAAGCUGAGAAAUAUUCAGAUUUGUCUUAUAAAGAAUCUGACCAAGUAAAAACAUGCAAUGUGAAUGAUGGAUUGGUUUGUAAGAACAAAGAACAAAAAGCUGAACCUAAACAGUGUCUUGACUAUGCAGUUAGAAUUGAAUGUUGUUCUAAAACAUAUAUUGAAUCCUGUGGUGAAAUAACCACAUCUCCCACGUCAACCUCAUCUUCAGAGGUUACUCCUGGCACUACACCAGGUGAGACUUCUCCAGGAGAGACAACUUCAACUACUGGAUCUCCCCCUCUUUUUACCUCAUCUUCCAUUUCGGGUACCACCACAAACACUGUAACUGUGACUUCAACGUCUGGUACAACAGCUUCACCCAUAGGUUCCUCUUCUCACACCACAUCUUCCACAUCAGUUACUAGUAGCACCGAGAUUCUAGCAACAACUAGUGGACCUGAAAUAACUACACCAUCAUCUUCUAAAUCUCCAACGGUACCUCCAUCUGCCAGCACAACAUUUUGUUACUGCAAAAUAAAGGAUGAAAUGUAUGCUCAAGGUGAAACUAUCUACCAGAAAGAAGACAUGGAUGGUUGUAUGUUUUAUGCCAUAUGUAACAAAAAAUGUGAAAUAGAACGGCAUGUAGGAGAUUGUUCAACACCCGGAACUACACCAGGAGUAACCACUCUCACAAGUGCAGAGCUUACCCAUAUACUGGAUGCUACCAGUGGUAAACCAUCAAUGAACAGACCAAGCAGAAGACCUCCAACCAAGCCUCAUACCGGUCCACCUGGUGAACCUAGUACAUCUGGUGAACCUGGUACCUCGACAGAAACCAACUGUGGACCUUGCGAGUGUUUGAUGCCAACCUGUGGAACAGGAUAUCGUGUAGUAUCCUAUAUGCCUCCUGGUGCCUGCUGUGCUAAUGUCACAUGUGAGCCUGACUCUGUCUGUGUUGUGGACAAUACCAUAUACCAGCGUGGAUCUACCAUCCCUCAACCAAAGGGUGUAUGUCAGAAUUGCGAGUGCGCCAAGGAUGAACAGGACGAGUCUGGUUUCUAUGCCGUAAAAUGCCAAGCCCUUCAGUGUGAUAAGACAUGUGAAGAGGGUUAUGCAUAUGCUGAGAAAGAAGGAGAAUGCUGUGGUGAAUGUGUACCCAAACAAUGUAUCAUUAAAGGAGUAAAAGGAGAAAAGGUAGAACAAGGAGAACAAGGAGAGGAUGAUAAACCAGUAAAAAUCAAGAUUGGAGACUCUUAUCGUCCUGAGGGCAGCACUUGCAGCUACUAUGAAUGUAGUGAGGAAGAUGACAAACCCAUGUUGACCAAGGUGAAGAAAGUUUGCCAAGAUUUGGACAUCUCCAAAUGCGAGAAGGAUACAGUUAAAUAUGAUGAAGAUGGCUGCUGUCAGACCUGCACUCUGAAGACAGAAGUUAAAAUAAUAGAGAAACCAGUUGUUGAAAACUGCAGCUCUCGAAAGAACUUGACUGUUUUGAAAGUAGAGGACUGCGAGAUUGAGGUUGAGCUCACAUACUGCGGAGGCCCCUGUAUGGGAAAAUCCAUCUAUUCCAUGGAAUCUCAGGGCAUGGAUCACCAGUGUAGUUGCUGCACAGAGCUGGAAGUAGCAGAAAGACAAGUGGAGCUGUUGUGCGCCAAUGGUCAACGUAAAGUCCAUUACUACAAAGAUGUAAUUAGAUGCGGCUGCUCUGAAGCUACCUGCGAACCAGUCACAUCUGCUGAGAUUCAGCAACCAGAUCAGCAGCAGAGAACCCAAACUGCCUAUUAUAAGGAGUGUAAUGUGUUUAUGGAAACAGAUCCUAUCAAAGGAAAAUAUGAGAUGACAGACUUGUGUUCUGUUAUGCCUUUGCGCAGCUGUGUGUUUGUCCUGAAUAGACAGGCAGGCUCUGAUAAUUCCUUUCAGAAAACUCAUACCUUAAAAGUAGAGAUGAGUGGUUACUUUGAUUCUGCAUCCCUAAAUGGAGAGUUAAUUGAGGAGAUUUAUAUGGAACCACCUGAACAUUAUGACGAAAGUAUGUUCCAAGAGAGAAAAGUUUGCCUCUUAAAGAAAUCUUUUUACGGCCUAAAGCAAAGUGGUCGUUCUUGUGCUUACUUUGAUGUUUCUGUGGCACAAAUGGACAAAGCCUACACUAUUCACUUUCAUUCACUGGGCCUGAAAGUAAAGGUCAAUGGAGUUCAUUCAGCCACAGGUUGCUUUGAACGCAUGUACCGCAUUGACAAAUGUUUUCCCCUGUGCCAUCUUUUCAACGGUGAGCCAGAGGGUCAAAUCAGAGAUGUAACAGCUGUCCCUCCUAUCAUAAUCCCCAGUUCGGUGUCCAGUAACCGAACUGCACGCAAAAUGGGGACACAUAGGAGGCUAUUAAUAUGUCUUGGAAGCCUCCUGGUAUUUCUUACCUGUAUCCAGGCACAAGGACAGCAGCAGCAGCAGCUGACAUCAGAUGAUGAAUGGGAUGAUGUUGACCAACAUUAUGAAGAAUUGGAUUUCGAUAACAUUGACACAGAGGCACAGCAGGAUACGGAAGAGACUGAAGAAGAUGUAGAGCAACAAUCAGAUGACAAAUCUGGAAGAGUGAACAUAUUUACUUCACCUGCUCCUGUCUAUCGGAGUCAGAACCCUUCGCAUAAUUUGAGGGUUUGCACCACUUUCGGGAACUAUCAUUUCAAGACCUUUGAUGGAGACAUCUAUCAUUUCCCUGGACAAUGUAACUAUCACUUUGUACGUCAUUGCAAGACAAAUUAUGAGGAAUUCAACAUCCAAGUUAGACGUGUCCUUAGGAAGGCAGUUCCUGUCAUCUCCACCAUCAACAUGAAAGUUGAAGGAAUUGACAUUCUUUUAGCUGAAAAAAAUGUCACUGUAAAUGAUGAAUUAGUGCAGAAAUUGCCAUUCAGUAUUGGUGGACUGCAAAUUUCAAAGAGUGGCAGCUAUGUCCGAGUUUAUUCUAAAAUUGGUCUUGAUCUGAUGUGGAAUGAAGAAGACUCCAUCACGUUGGAAUUGAGUCAAAAAUAUGCCAACCAGACUUGUGGUCUCUGCGGUGACUAUAAUGGGAUUCCAAUUUACAACGAGUUUAUAGUUAAUAAUGCCCAAUUAAGUAAUCUUCAGUUUGGAAAUCUUCACAAAUUCAAUGCGCCAGAAGAAAGAUGUGAGGACACUAAAGAGGAAGCAGACAUCAAAUGUAAUUCAUCGAUCCAUCACAAACAAUUUUGUGCAAAUGUUCUGAAUGGAAAAGGUUUACAGGACUGCCAUGGUAUUGUGGAUGUUCAAAAAUACAUUGAACUUUGUGAGCAAGAUUUUUGCAAAUGCAAAGGAAAUUUAACUGGUUUCUGUGUUUGCAACGUCUUUACUGAGUAUUCCAGACAGUGCACUCAUGCUGGAGGAAGGCCAAAGAAGUGGAGAACUGCCACCAUUUGCCCUUUGAAGUGUGCCUACAACUUACAGUUUAAGGAGUGUGGCACUGCCUGCCCAGAUACUUGUACCAACCCUGAACGGUCACGAGUCUGUGAUGAUCACUGUACAGAUGGAUGCUUCUGCCCUGCAGGGACGGUGUUUGAUGAUAUCACUAGAACUGGCUGUAUUGCAAAGGAGAAAUGUGCUUGCACAUACAAUGGAGAUGUUUAUCCAUCAGGAACAGGAUAUUCUGAGAAAUGUCAAGCUUGCACCUGUCAAGGAGGGAAAUGGGCCUGCGUUAAAAAGCCAUGUUUUGGCACUUGUUCACUAGAGGGAGGUUCACACAUCACAACCUUCGACCUUACCCGUUAUAACUUCCAUGGAGACUGUAUCUACACAUUUGCCAAGUCCUGUGACUCUGCCUUGUUCAGUGUGUUGGUUGAAAUCCAUAAAUGUGGACAUACAGACACAGAAACAUGCCUCAAUGGUAUAUCCCUUAGUCUUAAUGGAGGAAGAGAGUUUAUCCAUGUGAAGAAAUGUGGCAGUGUAUAUGUCAAUUCCAUCUACACCCAGCUGCCAAUGUCAUCAGGCGCCAUCACCAUCUAUAAACCUACAUCCUUCUACAUCAUUAUGCAUACUAAUUUUGGUCUACAGAUUAAAAUCCAGCUUGUGCCUACCAUGCAAGUUUAUGUUAUAGUUGACCCAAAAUUCAUGAACCAAACUUGCGGUCUUUGUGGAAACUUCAACAGCAUUCAGGCUGAUGACUUCAGAUCUCUUUCUGGAGUGAUAGAAGGCACUGGCUCAUCUUUCGGCAACUUGUGGAAGAAUCAACUUGACUGUCCUAAUGUCAAAAAUAACUUUGAAGACCCUUGUGCCCUCAUUGGUCAAAAUGAAAAAUAUGCAUCUCAUUGGUGUGACAUGAUGUUGGCUCCUGAUGGACCAUUUGCCAGCUGUCACAAAACUGUAAACCCUGAUGACUUCCAUAAGAACUGUAUGUUUGAUUCUUGCAAUUCCGAGAACAAAGAACACAGCAUGUGUGCUGCACUGUCAUCUUAUGUUUACGCCUGCUCUAGAGAAGGAGUUGACUUACGUGGAUGGAGAACAGAUGUUUGUAGCUCAUAUACUACUACCUGCAGUCCCGGUUUUGCAUACCGUUACAAAGUCAGUACUUGCCCACUCACCUGCCGUUCCCUGAGUGAGUCUGAUAAAAUCUGUGAGAUUGACUACGUACCCAUUGAUGGUUGCACUUGUGCAGAUGGAACCUAUCUAGAUGAAAGUGGAAACUGCGUUCUCCCAGCUGUCUGCUCUUGUUUAUACAAGGGAACCGCAGUCUCACCUGGAGAAGUGAUUCAUGACAGUGGAACAGUUUGUUCCUGCACAGAUGGAAAAAUGGAAUGUAUCGGCAUAAAUCCCGUGGAAGAAAAAGUAUGCAAAGAGCCAAUGGUCUACUUUGAUUGUGACAGUGAGACUGCAGAUGCCAAACAAACUGUGUGUCAAAAAAGCUGUGCGACCAUUGACAACGAAUGUUACAGCUCACAAUGUGUUUCUGGAUGUGUGUGCCCUGAGGGACUGGUGUAUGAUGAUGGAAAGGAGAAAUGUAUUCCUGAAGAUCAAUGUCCUUGCACACUCAAUGAUGACAUCUACUCAGCUGGAGAAACAAUUAAAGUAAAAUGCAAUACCUGUAUCUGUAAAAAUAGAAAGUGGGACUGUACCCAAAACACAUGUCUGGCCACUUGUGCUGCAUAUGGAGAUGGCCACUACCUCACCUUUGACAACAGAAGAUACCGCUUCAAUGGAAAUUGUUGGUAUACCUUGGCUCAGGAUUAUUGUUCUGACAACGCUUCUGUUGGUACAUUCCGAGUCGUCACAGAAAAUGUUCCCUGUGGUACUAAUGGUGUUACUUGUUCCAAAUCUAUUAGACUCUACCUUGGGAACUACGAGUUGAUCCUUAAAGAUCAGAAAUUUGAAGUGAUCAAGAAGGAUUAUGGACAAUAUGUUUUCUUCAAAGUUCGGCAGAUGGGUAUCUAUUUAGUGGUUGAAGCAGCAAAUGGUUUGGUUUUAGUGUGGGAUAAGAAAAGCACUAUUCUUAUAAAGCUGGAUCCAAAAUUUGAGGGCAAAAUCUGUGGUCUUUGUGGCAACUACGAUGGAAAUGCUGGCAAUGAUUUUAUCACUAGAAGUCAGUCUGUGGUUGGAGAUGUUUUUGAGUUUGGCAACAGUUGGAAACUAUCUCAGAGAUGUCCAAAUGCUGUGGACAUACAGGAUACUUGUGAUUCAAAUCCUUAUAGAAAAGCAUGGUCCCAAAAACAGUGUAGCAUUAUCACUAGUGGUACAUUUGCCUCCUGUCAUGCUCUGGUGAAUCCAGUUAAAUACUAUGACGCCUGUGUUAAUGAUGCUUGUGCUUGUGACACUGGUGGAGACUGCGACUGCUUUUGUACUGCUGUAGGUGCUUACGCUCAAGCUUGCAGUGAGGCUGGACAAUGUAUAAGCUGGAGAUCCCCAAAUAUCUGCCCCGUAUUUUGCGAUUUCUACAACCGACAAGGACAUUGUGAGUGGCACUACAAAGCAUGUGGAGCCCCUUGUAUGAAGACCUGUAUGAAUCCUUCUGGUGUAUGCUUGAACAACUUGAUUGGAUUAGAAGGUUGCUACCCUAAAUGUCCAGUAGACAGACCAUACUUCGAUGAGGAAUCUAUGCAGUGUGUUGCAUCCUGUCAUUGUUAUGAUGAUUACGGAGUUGAAUAUAAACCAGGAGAAAAGAUGCCAAGUGAAAGCAGAUGUUCUAUUUGCAAAUGUACGAAAAAUGGCAAAGAGUGCAUACCAGCAAAAGCAUGCUGCAAGUAUCAAGGAAAAGAAUUUCUAGCGGGGGACUUAGUCUACCACACAGCGGAUGGAACAGGAGGUUGCAUAUAUGCCACCUGUUCACAUAAUUCAACAGUGGAAAGAACAGUUGAUCAUUGUCCAACAACUACGAGUCCACCAACGACAUUUGAUUUCACAACUCCAACAAUCUCAUCUGAAUGGACACCACAAUAUACACCUUCAGCUGGUUCUGAAAUUCCCUCAACAUCAACCAAACCCACUUCCAGUGGUAGCUCAAGUACGGAAAGCUCAAGUAGUUCUACUACUGGUUCAGUUACUCCAGGUUCUUCCAUUGGUGAAACAAGUACUCCAUCAGUUUCACCAACAACAUGUGUUGAAGCUUAUGACUGCACUUGGUCAGAAUGGUAUGACGUGAGCAGACCAGAAAAUGGUGAUGGUGAUAUGGAACGUUUUGAGGAUAUUGAAAGAGAAGGUUACAAAGUGUGCAAAAAACCCAGAGAUGUGCAAUGCAGAGCAAAAGAAUUUCCUAAUCAGUCUCUCAAAGAUGCAGGACAAGAUGUUACCUGUAACAGAAAUAUUGGCUUCAUAUGUCUUAAUAGCAAGAAUCCACCUAUGUGUCACAAUUAUGAAAUUAGGAUUGAAUGUUGUAAACACAGACAAUGCACAACAAUUUCUUCAACAACAAGUGGUGUAGAAUCAAUUCCACCACCAAAAACAAGUUCUCCACCUGAAAUUAUAACACAGUCUCCUACAUCUAAAGAAACCCCACCAUCUUUGCCUAGUGAGUUAACUUCAGAACCAGGAACUUCUAACUCCCCAUCAUCGCCUCCUACUGUAAGCACAUCCCCCAACACAUCUUCCCCACCUGGAAUUGAGACAGAAAGCACCCAAAAAACACCAGCAUCAUCUGAAGCAAUACCUAAAACUACUAAAGCCUCCCCAACAACAACCUGUGUGUUAAAGAUGGAAUGUCGUUGGACACAAUGGUAUGAUACCAAUAGACCUAAUACAAGAAGUGAUGGAGGAGAAAGUGAAACUGUUAAAGACAUUACAUCUAAAGGAUAUGAAGUUUGUGCUGAUCGAGAAGUUGAAAACAAAAUUGAAUGUGAAGCUGUAGAUGAUGAAGGCAUAACUAUUCCUGAUAACAAUCAAAAGGUUACUUGUGAUUUAAAUGAUGGAUUGAAAUGCAAGAAUAGAGAACAAGUUAAGAAGGAAAAAUGUUACAAUUAUAGAAUAAGGAUUGAAUGCUGUGAAGAGCGUUGUGAGCCUAUACCAACACCAGACAUACAUACAACUGAAACCACAAAGCAAACAACCACGGAGGGUGAAUUUACAACCAAAGAAACAACAACAAGUUCACCAUCAGAAUCCUCACAACCAGAAUCUUCAAAGUCUCCAUCAACUCCCUCUACUAGCACAUUAUCUACUGAAAAACCUGUACCUGAUACAUCCAUCACCUCAACAUCAUCUGAGAUUACCCCGUCACAAACAACAGUAUGUGUGAAUAAGAUGAAAUGUCGAUGGACACCUUGGUAUGAUUAUAAUACGCCAAAUACAAGAAGUGAUGGAGGAGAAACUGAAAGUGUUGAUGGCAUAAAAUCAAAGGGCAUUAAAGUUUGUACAAACCGGGAAAUUGAAGACAAAAUAGAUUGUGAAGCAAUUGAUAAUAAAGGAGAGAGUAUUGCUGAUAACAAUCAAAAGGUUAGUUGUAAUGUGAAAGAUGGAUUGAGCUGCAAAAACAGAGACCAACACAACAAGGAGAAAUGUUUCAAUUAUAGGAUACGAAUUUUAUGUUGUGAAGAGUAUUGUGAACCUCUGCCCACAUCCAAAAUAGCAACAACUGAAACCUCUGAGCCAAACACCACUGCUGGUGAAACCACAAUAACCACAUCAACAUCAGAAACAUGGCCAACAAAGCUUCCUUCUACAGGUAUACAAUCAACUAAAAAGCCUGGCCCAGAGACUUCUUCUCCAUCUGAAAAUACAUCCCCACCAUCAACAGCAUCAUCCUCAUCAUCGGAAAUUACAACUUCUGUUUCACCCACAACAUGUGUACAUAAAAUGGAAUGCCGUUGGACUCCCUGGUAUGAUAUUAACAGGCCAACCUUGCAAAAUGAUGGUGGAGACAGUGAAAGUCCAGAAGAUAUCAAAUCAAAAGGCUAUGAGAUAUGCAAACAUAUGCACGAAGUUGAAAACAAAAUAGAAUGUGAAGCUAUUGAUCAUGAAGGAGUAACAAUAGCAAAUAAUCAACAAAUUCUUACUUGUUUGCUGGGGAAUGGAUUGACUUGCAGGAAUAUAGAUCAGAAGAAAAAAAAUGAAAAGUGUCAUAAUUACAGAAUAAGGGUUGAAUGUUGUGCAGCAUACUGUGAACCAGUAUUGACCACAUCCACUCCUCUUGCUACUCAAUCAUCUGUACCCUCAUCAGCCAUUACAGUUCCUACCACAACAUCCUCAGUUACAGAACCUAGCUCAACUUCUGAAGACUGUGAGAAAUUUAGAGCAUCAGAAUGUCAAUGGACUGAAUGGUUUAAUGAAAAUAAACCAUCUGAAGAUAUAGAUGGUGAAGACAAUGAGAACUCAGAUAAUUUGAGAGCUAAAGGAAUAGAGGUUUGUAAGCGGGGUGAAAUUGAAAACCAAAUUCAGUGUAAAGAUGAACAAUAUUCAGAAUUAACUAAUGAAAAUACUGUACAAAAAUCUACCUGUAAUGUAAAAGAAGGAUUGAUUUGUAAGAAUAAAGACCAACCAGAAAAAAUAUGUCAUGACUACAGUAUAAGAAUUGAGUGCUGUUCUGAAACGUUUGUAAAAUUCUGUGGUGAAUCCACCACACCUUCAUCUACUGAAAAAACAAGUAUCCCAACAACAACAUCUAUUACAAAACCUACUUCACCAGGAUCUGAGACAUCACCACCAUCUACCUUAACUACUGGCGCUAAAACCACUGGUGUACCAUCUGAACCUACUCAAGGCACUAAGACUCCAAGUACUUCUUUUCCAUCAAGUCCAUCCACAACUAAAAUUACAUCACAACCAACAACAGUGUGUAUAAAGAAGAAGGAAUGCCGUUGGACUCCAUGGUAUGAUACAAAUGCUCCAAGUACAAGAAGUAAUGGUGGAGAUAUUGAAACAUAUAAAGAUAUAACAUCUAAAGGAUUUGCGAUAUGUAUAGAUGGAGAAGAUGAAAACAAAAUAGAGUGUGAAGCCAUUGAUAAAAAUGGUGAAACAAUAUUAGAUAAUAAACAAAAAAUGACAUGUGAUUUGAAAACUGGAUUAACUUGCUUCAACAGAGAACAGAAGAAUAAGGAAAAAUGUUUUAAUUAUAGAAUAAGGUUUGAAUGUUGUGCAGAACACUGUGAGAAAUUGGAAACACCCACUACAGCUGGUGCAUCUACAACUGCAUCAACAUCCACUUUAAAUGAACCUACAUCAACAGGAAAAUCUCAGACUUCUCCACCAGGCUCAUCUACAAACUCAGUAACUGAGCCUGGAUCUCCAACUCCUGAAGAUUGUGACAAUUUUAGGAAAGCUGAGUGUUACUGGACAGACUGGUUUAAUAAAGAAACACCUACCUCUGAUAUUAAUGGAGGAGACACUGAAAACACAUCUAAACUAAAAACUGAAGGAAUAGAAGUUUGUACAGAUGAUGAAAUUGAAAAUCAAAUUGAGUGUAGAGCUGAGAAAUAUCUUGAUUUAGCAUUUGAAAGAACUGGCCAAAAAUUAACAUGUAAUGUAGAAGAAGGUUUGAUUUGUAAAAAUAAACAUCAACCAGAAGAAAAGUGUAAUGACUACAGUAUAAGAAUUGAGUGCUGUUCAAAAAAGUUUGUUAAAAUCUGCGGAGAGUCGAUUACACCUUCUGCUAUAUCCCCAACUAGCAUCCCAAUAACAACAAGUGUAUCGUCAACAGGGUCCUCAACUCCUGCCCAACCAUCUACUGAUGAAACAUAUACAAACUCCCCCUCACAAACUACAAGUAUCACAUCCUCUCCAACCACGACAUCUUCCACAACAAAGACCGAAAGUACUUCCUCCCCAUCUUCUACUUCGACAAGCUGUGAGAAAUUCAGACAAAGUGAAUGUUAUUGGACAGAGUGGCUUAAUACACAAACACCUUCAUCAGAUAUUAAUGGUGAAGAUAAAGAAAAUUCACAUGAACUGAGAUCUAGGGGAAUAGAAGUUUGUAAAAAUGAGGAAGUCGAAAAUGAAAUUGAGUGCAAAGCUGAGAAACAUUCUGAUGUAUCUCUUAAAGAAUCUGACCAAGUAAAAACAUGCAAUGUAAAAGAUGGAUUAAUUUGUAAGAACAAAGAACAAAGAGGCGAACCUAAGCAGUGUCUUGACUAUGCAGUCAGAAUUGAAUGUUGUUCUAAAAAGUUUAUUGAAUCAUGUGGAAAAUCAACCCCAUAUCCUACCUCACCUUCAUCCAGUGAAGUGACAAAACGCCCAUUAACAACAUCAGUAACAGAAAUUUCCUCACCAGGCUCAAUAUCAAUGAUUGGUGAAAGUCCUACCCCUGUUACACAAACAAGUGGUGAAACUUUUAUUACUAAUACACAAACAAGUGGUGAAACAUCUACCCCUGGUAUACCAACCAGUGGUGAAUCCUCUACCCCUGGUAGACCAACAGGUGGUGAAACAUCUACACCAUCAACUCAUGGUAGACCAACAGGUGGCGAAACCUCUACCCCUGGUAGACCAAUAAGUGGUGAAACCUCCACCUCUGGUAGACUAACAAGCGGUGAAACCUCUACCCCUGGUAGACCAACAGGUGGUGAAACAUCUACAUCAUCAACCUCUGGUAGACCAACAGGUGGUAAAUCCUCUACUCCUGGUAGACCAACAAGUGGUGAAGCCUCUACACCUGGCACUCUAACCAGUGGUGAAACCUCUACACCUGGUAGACCAACAGGAGGAGAAAACUCAACCCCUCAUAGACCAACAGGUGGUGAAACCUCUACACCUGGUAGACCAACAGUUGGUGAAUCCUCUACCCCUGCCCCUGGCAGACCAACUGGUGGUGAAACCUCUACACCUAGUACUCCAACAAGUGGUGAAACAUCUACCCCUGUUAGACCAACAGGUGGUGAAGCAUCUACUCCUGGUAGACCAACAGGUGGUGAAACCUCUACACCUGGUACUCCAACAAGUGGUGAAAAUACUACCCCUGGUAGACCAACAGGAGGGGAAACCUCUUCACCUGGUACUCCAACCAGUGGUGAAACCUCUACCCCUGGUAGACCAACAGGAGAAGUAACCUCUAGCCCUGGAAAACCAACAAGUGGUGAAAUAUCUACCCCUGGUAGACCGACAGGUGGUGAAACCUCUACCCCUGGCAGACCAACCGGUGGUGAAACCUCUACACCUAGUACUCCAACAAGUGGUGAAACAUCUACCCCUGUUAGACCAACAGGUGGUGAAGUAUCUACUCCUGGUAGACCGACAGGUGGUGAAACCUCUACACCUGGUACUCCAACAAGUGGUGAAAAGACUACCCCUGGUAGACCAACAGGAGGGGAAACCUCUACCCCUGGUAGGCCAACAGGUGGUGAAGCCUCUACACCUGGCACUCUAACCAGUGGUGAAACCUCUACACCUGGUAGACCAACAGGAGGAGAAAACUCAACCCCUCAUAGACCAACAGGUGGUGAAACCUCUACACCUAGUAGACCAACAGUUGGUGAAUCCUCUACCCCUGCCCCUGGCAGACCAACUGGUGGUGAAACCUCUACACCUAGUACUCCAACAAGUGGUGAAACAUCUACCCCUGUUAGACCAACAGGUGGUGAAGCAUCUACUCCUGGUAGACCAACAGGUGGUGAAACCUCUACACCUGGUACUCCAACAAGUGGUGAAAAUACUACCCCUGGUAGACCAACAGUCGGUGAAACCUCUUCACCUGGUACUCCAACCAGUGGUGAAACCUCUACACCUGGUAGACCAACAGGAGAAGUAACCUCUAGCCCUGGAAAACCAACAAGUGGUGAAAUAUCUACCCCUGAUAGACCGACAGGUGGUGAAACCUCUACCCCUGGCAGACCAACCGGUGGUGAAACCUCUACACCUAGUACUCCAACAAGUGGUGAAACAUCUACCCCUCUUAGACCAACAGGUGGUGAAGUAUCUACUCCUGGUAGACCGACAGGUGGUGAAACCUCUACACCUGGUACUCCAACAAGUGGUGAAAAGACUACCCCUGGUAGACCAACAGGAGGGGAAACCUCUACCCCUGGUAGGCCAACAGGUGGUGAAGCCUCUACACCUGGCACUCUAACCAGUGGUGAAACCUCUACACCUGGUAGACCAACAGGAGGAGAAAACUCAACCCCUCAUAGACCAACAGGUGGUGAAACCUCUACACCUGGUAGACCAACAGUUGGUGAAUCCUCUACCCCUGGCAGACCAACUGGUGGUGAAACCUCUACACCUAGUACUCCAACAAGUGGUGAAACAUCUACCCCUGUUAGACCAACAGGUGGUGAAGCAUCUACUCCUGGUAGAACAACAGGUAGUGAAGCAUCUACUCCUGGUAGACCAACAGUCGGGGAAACCUCUUCACCUCAUACUCCAACCAGUGGUGAAACCUCUACACCUAGUAGACCAACAGGAGAAGUAACCUCUACCCCUGGAAAACCAACAAGUGGUGAAAUAUCUACCCCUGGUAGACCAACAGGUGGGGAAACCUCUACACCUGGCAGACCAACCGGCGGUGAAACCUCCACACCUAGUACUCCAGCAAGUGGUGAAACAUCUUCCCCUGUUAGACCAACAGGUGGUGAAGCAUCUACUCCUGGUAGACCAACAGGUGGUGAAACCUCUACACCUGGUUCGCCAACAAGUGGUGAAAAUACUACCCCUGGUAGACCAACAGGAGGGGAAACCUCUACCCCUGGUAGGCCAACAGGUGGUGAAAGCUCUACCCCUGGAACUCCAACAAGUGGUGAAACAUCUACUCCUGGUAGACCAACAGGUAGUGAAGCAUCUACUCCUGGUAGACCAACUGUCGGUGAAACCUCUUCAUCUGGUACUCCAACCAGUGGUGAAACCUCUACACCUGGUAGACCAACAGGAGAAGUAACCUCUAGCCCUGAAAAACCAACAAGUGGUAAAAUAUCUACCCCUGGCAAACCAACAGGUGGGGAAACCUCUACCCCUGGCAGACCAACUGGCGGUGAAACCUCUACAUCUAGUACUCCAACAAGUGGUGAAACAUCUACCCCUGUUAGACCAACAGGUGGUGAAGCAUCUACUCCUGGUAAACCAACGGUUGGUGAAACCUCUACACCUGGUACUCCAACAAGUGGGGAAAAUACUACCCCUGGCAGAGCAACAGGAGGGGAAACCUCUACCCCUGGUAGGCCAACAGGUGGUGAAAGCUCAACCCCUGAUACUCCAACAAGUGGUGAAACAUCUACUCCUGGUAGACCAACAGGUGGUGAAAUAUCUACUCCUGGUAGACCAACAGAAGAAGUAACCUCUACCCCUGGAAAACCAACAAGUGGUGAAAUUUCUACCCAUGGCAGACCAACCGGCGGUGAAACCUCUACACCUAGUACUCCAACAAGUGGUGAAACAUCUACCCCUGUUAGACCAACAGGUGGUGAAGCAUCUACUCCUGGUAGACCAACAGGCAGUGAAACCUCUACACCUGGUACUCCAACAAGUGGUGAAAAUACUACCCCUGGUAGAUCAACAGGAGGGGAAACCUCUAUCCCUGGUAGACCAACAGUCGGUGAAACCUCUUCACCUGAUACUCCAACCAGUGGUGAAACCUCUACACCUGGUAGACCAACAGGAGAAGUAACCUCUAGCCCUGGAAAACCAACAAGUGGUGAAAUAUCUACCCCUGGUAGACCGACAGGUGGUGAAACCUCUACCCCUGGCAGACCAACCGGUGGUGAAACCUCCACACCUAGUACUCCAACAAGUGGUGAAACAUCUACCCCUGUUAGACCAACAGGUGGUGAAGCAUCUACUCCUGGUAGAUCGACAGGCGGUGAAACCUCUACACCUGGUACUCCAACAAGUGGUGAAAAUACUACCCCUGGUAGACCAACAGGAGGGGAAACCUCUGCCCCUGGUAGGCCAACAGGUGGUGAAAGCUCUACCCCUGGUACUCCAACAAGUGGUGAAAUGUCUACUCCUGGUAGAACAACAGGUAGUGAAGCAUCUACUCCUGGUAGACCAACAGUUGGGGAAACCUCUUCACCUCAUACUCCAACAAGUGGUGAAAAUACUACCCCUGGUAGACCAACAGGAGGGGAAACCUCUUCACCUCAUACUCCAACAAGUGGUGAAACCUCUACACCUGGUAGACCAACAGGAGAAGUAACCUCUACCCCUGGAAAACCAACAAGUGGUGAAAUAUCUACCCCUGGUAGACCAACAGGUGGGGAAACCGCUACACCUGGCAGACCAACCGGCGGUGAAACCUUCCCACCUAGUACUCCAGCGAGUGGUGAAACAUCUUCCCCUGUUAGACCAACAGGUGGUGAAGCAUCUACUCCUGGCAGACCAACAGGUGGUGAAACCUCUACACCUGGUUCACGAACAAAUGGUGAAAAUACUACCCCUGGUAGACCAACAGGAGGGGAAACCUCUUCACCUCAUACUCCAACAAGUGGUGAAACUUCUACACCUGGUAGACCAACAGGAGAAGUAACCUCUACCCCUGGAAAACCAACAGGUGGUGAAACCUCUACACCUGUUACUCCAACAAGUGGUGAAAAGACUACCCCUGGUAGGGCAACAGGAGGGGAAACCUCUACCCCUGGUAGGCCAACAGGUGGUGAAAGCUCAACCCCUGGUACUCCAACAAGUGGUGAAACAUCUACUCCUGGUAGACCAACAGGUGGUGAAACAUCUACUACUGGUAGACCAACAGAAGAAGUAACCUCUACCCCUGGAAAACCAACAAGUGGUGAAAUUUCAACCCCUGGCAGACCAACCGGCGGUGAAACCUCUACACCUAGUACUCCAGCAAGUGGUGAAACAUCUACCCCUGUUAGACCAACAGGUGGUGAAGCAUCUACUCCUGGUAGACCAACAGGCAGUGAAACCUCUACACCUAGUACUCCAACAAGUGGUGAAAAUACUACCCCUGGUAGACCAACAGGAGGGGAAACCUCUACCCCUGGUAGGCCAACAGGUGGUGAAAGCUCUACCCCUGGUACUCCAACAAGUGGUGAAACAUCUACUCCUGGUAGACCAACAGGUGGUGAAACAUCUACUCCUGGUAGACCAACAGAAGAAGUAACCUCUACCCAUGGAAAACCAACAAGUGGUGAAAUUUCUACCCCUGGCAGACCAACUGGUGGUGAAACCUCUACACCUAGUACUCCAGCAAGUGGUGAAACAUCUACCCCUGUUAGACCAACAGGUGGUGAAGCAUCUACUCCUGGUAGACCAACAGGCGGUGAAACCUCUACACCUAGUACUCCAACAAGUGGUGAAAAUACUACCCCUGGUAGACCAACAGGAGGGGAAACCUCUACCCCUGGUAGGCCAACAGGUGGUGAAAGCUCUACCCCUGGUACUCCAACAAGUGGUGAAACAUCUACUCCUGGUAGACCAACAGGUAGUGAAACAUCUACUCCUGGUAGAUCAACAGUCGGUGAAACCUCUUCACCUGGUACUCCAACCAGUGGUGAAUCCUCUACACCUGGUAGACCAACAGGAGAAGUAACCUCUACCCCUGUAAAACCAACAAGUGGGGAAACAUCUACCCCUGGAAAACCAACAAGUGGGGAAACAUCUACCCCUGGUAGACCAACAGGUGGGGAAACAUCUACCCCUGGUACUCCAACAAGUGGUGAAACAUCUACCCCUGGUAGGACAACAGGUGGUGAAACCUCUACUCUUGGCAGACCAACCGGUGGUGAAACCUCUACACCUGGUACUCCAACAAGUGGUGAAACAUCUACCCCUGGUAGACCAACAGGUGGUGAAACCUCUACCUCUGGAAGACCAACAGGUGGUGAAAUCUCUACACCUGGUUUUCCAACAAGUGAAACUUCUACCCCUGGUAGACCAAUAGGUGGUGAAACCUCUACCCCUAGCAGACCAACAGGCAUUGAAACCACUACACCUGGUACUGAAACAGGUGGUGAAACAUCUACACCAUCAACUCCUAGUAAACCAACAGUUGGUGAAACCUCUACACCUGGUACUCCAACAAGUAGUGAAACAUCUACUGCUGGUACUCCAACAGGUGGUGAAACCUCUACACCUGGUAAACCAACCAGUGGUGAAACCUCUACACCAUCAGCCCCUGGUACUCCAACAGGUGGUGAAACCUCUACACUUGGUACUCCAACAAGUGGUGAAACCUCUUCCCCUGGUAGACCAACCGGUGGGGAAACAUCUACACCAUCAAUCCCUGGCAGUUCACAACCUGGCAACACAUCUCCACCAUCUUCUAGCUGUAAAAUAUUGAGAGAAAGUGAAUGUCGCUGGACAAUAUGGCAUAACACAAAUAAACCUUCCCCAGAUAUUACUGGUGAAGAAAAGGAAAAUUCAGAUCAACUGAGAUCUAAUGGGAUAGAAGUAUGUAAAAAAGAGGAAGUUGAAAAUAAUAUUGAGUGCAAAGCUGAGAAAUAUUCAGAUUUGUCUGAUAAAGAAUCUGACCAAGUAUUAACAUGCAAUGUGAAUGAUGGAUUGGUUUGUAAGAACAAAGAACAAAAAUCUGAACCUAAACAGUGUCUUGACUAUGCAGUUAGAAUUGAAUGUUGUUCUAAAACAUAUAUUGAAUCCUGUGGUGAAAUAACCACAUCUCCCACGUCAACCUCAUCUUCAGAGGUUACUCCUGGCACUACACCAGGUGAGACUUCUCCAGGAGAAACAACUUCAACUUCUGGAUCUCCCCCUCUUAUUACCUCAUCCUCCAUUUUGGGUACCACCACAAACACUGUAACUGUGACUUCAACAUCUGGUACAACAGCUUCACCCAUAGGUUCCUCUUCACACACCACAUCUUCCACAUCAGUUACUAGUAGCACCGAGAUUCUAGCAACAACUAGUGGACCUGAAAUAACUACACCAUUAUCUUCUAAAUCUCCAACGGUACCUCCAUCUGCCAGCACAAUAUUUUGUUACUGUAAAAUAAAGGAUGAACUGUAUGAACAAGGUGAAACUAUCUACCAGAAAGAAGACAUGGAUGGUUGUGUGUUUCAUGCCAUAUGUAACAAUAAAUGUGAAAUUGAACGACAUGUAGGAGAUUGUUCAACACCCGGAACUACACCAGAGGUAACCACUCUCACUAGUACAGAGCUUACCCACAUACUGGAUGCUACCAGUGGUAAACCAUCAAUGAACAGACCAAGCAGAAGACCUCCAACCAAGCCUCAUACCAGUCCACCUGGUACAUCUGGUGAACCUGGUACCUCAACAGAAACCAACUGUGGACCUUGCGAGUGUUUGAUGCCAACCUGUGGAACAGGAUAUCGUGUAGUAUCCUAUAUGUCUCCUGGUGCCUGCUGUGCUAAAGUCACAUGUGAGCCUGACUCUGUCUGUGUUGUGGAAAAUACCAUAUACCAGCGUGGAUCUACCAUCCCUCAACCAAAGGGUGUAUGUCAGAAUUGCGAGUGCGCCAAAGAUGAACAGGACGAGUCUGGUUUCUAUGCCGUAAAAUGCCAAGCCCUUCAGUGUGAUAAGACAUGUGAAGAGGGUUAUGCAUAUGCUGAGAAAGAAGGAGAAUGCUGUGGUAAAUGUGUACCCAAACAAUGUAUCAUUAAAGGAGUAAAAGGAGAAAAGUUAGAACAAGGAGAGGAUGAUAAACCAGUAAAAAUUAAGAUUGGAGACUCUUAUCGUCCUGAGGGCAGCACUUGCAGCUACUAUGAAUGUAGUGAGGAAGAUGACAAACCCGUGUUGACCAAGGUGAAGAAAGUUUGCCAAGAGUUGGACAUCUCCAAAUGCGAGAAGGAUACAGUUAAAUAUGAUGAAGAUGGCUGCUGUCAGACCUGCACACUGAAGACAGAAGUUAAAAUAAUAGAGAAACCAGUUGUUGAAAACUGCAGCUCUCGUAAGAACUUGACUGUUUUGAAAGUAGAGGACUGCGAGAUUGAGGUUGAGCUCACAUACUGCGGAGGCCCCUGUAUGGGAAAAUCCUUCUAUUCCAUGGAAUCUCAGGGUAUGGAUCACCAGUGUAGUUGCUGCACAGAGCUGGAAGUAGCAGAAAGACAAGUGGAGCUGUUGUGCGCCAAUGGUCAACGUAGAGUCCAUUACUACAAAGAUGUAAUUAGAUGCGGCUGCUCUAAAGCUACCUGCGAACCAGUCACAUCUGCUGAGAUUCAGCAACCAGAUCAGCAGCAGAGAACCCAAACUGCCUAUUAAUAUGCGAGGAGAUAAAUGAGAAUAUACUGAGCAAGGCAGAAAUCUAUAGUCAUCUUUUUUAAAUGUUCCCAAUGUUUUAUCUUCUAAUGUCUACGUAUCCUGCUACCCUGUAAUCUGAUUUAGAUGCAUGAAAAGAGGCAUGUAGAGGUUGUAAAGAUCAUGUAAAGGUUUAUUAACGAAUAAACACAAACUGUUAGGUUUAUGCUGUCUUGGCAACUCAGAGUUUCCAGAUGCAUUUGUGUAACUUUUAAUGUCUGCAUUGUAUGAUUCAUGUGGAGGCCAGCAACAUUUUGGGAAGCUUUAUGUUGUUACUAGCUUUUUUUAUCCAUGUCAUCUCAUUUAUGUAUAUGUCAUUAAACUAUAAAGCUCAAAACACAA